ACAAUUUCACUUGUGUACACCGAAAUAAAUCCAUUUUUAAUACCGUUAAAAUGUCCAGACGCCGGCGGCACGGUGCGUGUGACCCGCGCGGGGGCGGAACCCUACGUACUGAACGCGCAGCACCAUCUCACUGUAGUGAACGUGCACGAGGAUGCGAAGCAGACGAACAAACAGACGGAGAACAAUAAGAAGCAGAGCUGGGAGCAGGCGAUAGCGCACAUCAACCAAUUGGCUAAGGGGAAGGAGAAAGAGAAGAAGAAACCGAAAGAAGCGCCUGCGCCGAAGGCGGAAGCGAAGCAAACGGCGCAGAAGCAGAAUGCGGAAACGCCACCCCUGUCCAAGAAGCAGAGGAAGUUGUUGGCGAAGCAGCAGGCGGAAGAAGAGGAGAGAAAGAGGCAGCAGCAGCUCGAAGCGAAGAAGAGGGCGGAGAAGAAGGAAGCGCAGAAACAGCAACAACAAGAGGCGAGCAACAAGAGCAACAACGCGAAGAAGGCGGCGGAGCAGAAGAAGGAAGAUGCUAAAGCGAAAAAGAGAGACGAGAAGGAGAGCAAGAGACAGGAGAAGGAGAAGGAGAGGGAGAAGAAGGAGAGUAGGCUGGAGAAGAGCGGUCAAGCAAAGCAGAAGGCCCAACAACAACAACAACAACAACAACAUCAGCACCAACACCAGCAUAACCAGCAACAUCAGCAACACCAGCAACACCAGCAACAACAGCAACAGCAGCAACAGAACAACAGGAAGGAGAAGCGGAAGGACCAGCAGCAGAAGCAACAAGUGAUCAACAUCACACCGGACACCACUAUCGAAGUGGUGAACAAUAAGAAGAAUGGUACAGUCAACGAGGCGGACAAACCAGCGUCUUGUAGCAUAAUGGAGCAACUCAGCAGCGGUGUGCAGGUGGCCGACUUGAAGCUACCACCGGGCAUAACGCUAACGCGCGUGCAGCCGAAUGAGAAGAAGGAGCCGGCCCCGAUUAAAUCCGUGCCUCUAUGGAAAUGCAGCCAACUGGCGGCUGCGCCGACGCCGGUGGCUCGCCCCGCGCCCGUGAUAAAUGCCGAUCCCUCCAUGAUGAUGUUCUCGCAGGAAACGCCGAAAACGAUUAUUAUCCCGGAGCCGGCAGCGCCGCCCGUGCCGGCGCCGAAGUCCAAGAAGUCUAAGAAGAAAUCAAAGAAAACCGAACCGGAAGCGAAGACGGAGCAGCCGAAGAUGGUGACGCUGCGCAACCCCAUGUUCCACCCGAACCUGCCGCCCGUGCAGAUAGCCACGCCCCCGCAGAAGGCCAAGCCGGACAUCCGGAUCCCGGAUCCGAUACCGAUGCCGCCGGCGCCCUGCCAGGCGACGAUCACCCCCACCUCCAACGGGAUGUACACCAUCCGGAACCCGCUCAUGUCCAUGAUGCACCAGCAGAGCCUGAUGGGCGGCCGCGGGCCGGCGCCGCCCGCCUACCAGCCCUUCUGCGCCUACGGGCCGCCCGCCCGCGACGAGCUGCCCAGCCGCCUGCUCAACCUCGCCUCCUUCACGCAGAAGAGCGACGAGGGCUACUCGCUGUUCAGCACCGGCGAGGAGCAGCAGGCCCAGGCGAGCUUCCUCAGCGCCGACUGCCCGGAGACGGUCUCGCCGAGCCCGAUCGGCACCCGGCCGGACGGGCGGGCCGACUCGCUGUUCGCGCACCCGGUGCCGGAGCCGAUCGGCACGCCGAUGCGCCGCGACGACAGGCGCGACUACGGCAUAUACACGCCGUUCGGCCAGGAGGAGAACAACGUGUUCCGGAACGCGCUGUUCAGCGAGGAGCGGGGGCGGGAGCGGGAGAGGGAGAGGGAGGUGGGGGGAGCGGGCGCGGGCGGGCGGGAGGACCUGCCCUACUUUCAGCGGUUGAGGGCCGGCUCGAGGCUCAACAGCGAAGUCAGCAUUCACUGCGUUACCGACUCCAAGUUUUACAAGGGACAGGAGCGCUACAGUGAGCCGCCCCAGCCCGCCGAGGGCAGACAGUCCGUGUUUUCCCACGGUUGGCCCGAACACACACAACAACAACAACAACAACAACAACAUAUGGUGCACUCGCACACACCCAGUGAGUACUAA